AGGGGGAACACAAAAUAAAACUGACGCUCAUACACUGAUCUUUAACAAUUUGUGUUUAGCCAUCGAGUAAGAUGAAGGUUGUAGUGCUAUUGUGUGCUGUGGCAGUCGCCGGGGCAUUGCCCAUGGCCAAGGAGGAUGGCGCCGCCGAGAGAAUCAUCUCAUCCCUCAAGGAUUGUCUGGAUACAGAUACUUCUAUGUGUCUCAAGGAAAAAGCAAUGAGGUUUACUGACAAACUGGCGGCAUCAUCAAGCCUCGACAUCCUGGAUGGCGUGACUUUCAAGAACACCGGCUCCAACACCAGAUCAGCUCGCAGCUACGAACCCCUGCCCGAUGACCCCAAAGCCAGGGAACUGAAGGUCGAAGAGAGGAUUAUGGAAAACGUCGUGGACUUCCUGGACAGCCAUGUACUCCAGCUCAGAAUGCCCAAAUCCUUCACUGAAGACAACUCUGUCGAAGAAGAAGGCCGUGGCAAGAAGAAGAAGAAGCUGAAGAAGCUCCUCCCCAUCCUGGCCCUCAUCAAGCUGAAGCUGGUCGCCCUCAUCCCUCUGUUCCUCGGUAUCAUCGCCUUCGCCGUCUUCAAGGCCUACCUCCUCGGUAAAAUCGCUUUCAUCGCCGCCGCCUUCGGCGCUCUCAAGAAACUCCUCGAAUCCAAGAAGAGCAGUGGCUGGUCUGAGCCCGCUCACGAAGAACACCACGGCUGGGAAAGCAGCGGUGGCUGGGGAAGGUCCAACAACGACGCCCAAGACUUGGCUUACGGAGCCCACGUCAAACAGGCGUAAACCUAAAUUAUUAACUUAUUUAUUUUAGGUAAAGUUAAUUUAUUACGCUCUACGAUAAAAUCUUCUUCUUGUAUAUAUUGACCACCGUUCGAUACACAUGCUAAGUUAUAUUUAUAUAUAUCUUUUUUGUUAUUUUAAGUAAUGACUGAUACUAUUAGUCUAUGCUCUUUUUGUAUAUAAGUAUUUUUAUUUAUUAUGUUUAAGUACGUUUCGCUUCUGAAGCGGGCAAAUGAUAGUACAUUUUAUUAUUUUAAGUUUUCAGUUCCAAA